AAGAGUUUUUGGCUGUACAUGCGUUUCAGCAUGGCACCAGCCACAAGUGUAUCAAUGUCAUGGCCAUGAUGGAUGCCGUGGCGCUGUCAGAAGAUGACGUUGUCAACGGUUGCGUUCUUGGACCUCACGGCUAUGUGUACCGGCCGCCUCCGCCGUCCAAGCAGCUUACCAUCGAGAUGCAAGUCUCUGUCACAGAGUGCAGGAGCUGGCGCGAGGUGCUCUCAGUGGUGGAGAAUCUGGGAGACCUGUUCGAUUUCCGAAACACCUCCACCGCCGUGCACCGCGUGGCAAAGUUCAGCGUGGAGGCCGGCGAAUCCAAGAUAGCCCAGAACGACAGUCGCUUCCCUCGGCUGUUGCAGCUACUGAGGGCCAAGUGCAAGGAUCUCUCAGCCUGGGGCUUGUCGGAUGCCUCGUGGGGCAUGGCCAAAAUGCAAUGUCGGGACGACGAGAUCUUUCAGCGGAUCUCUUUGAGGGCACAAGAGAUCGUUCAGGACUUGGAUCCCCAGGGCUUGGCGAUCGUGGCCUGGUCUUUCGCCACGGUGGGCCGCAAGGACGAGGUGCUUCUGCAGCGGAUCGCUGAGGAGGCCCGGAGCAAGCUGGACAGCUUUGGUGUCCAGAACAUCUCCAACCUCGUUUGGGCCAAUGCGACCCUAGGUCUGCGGGCCGAUGCGCUCCACGCCGAUUUGCUGCGGCACUCGCUGGCUCGGCUGGAUGACUUCACGACGCAGGAGCUGGCCAUUGUGAAUUGGGCCUUCACCAAGCUAGCCUAUCCCGUCGGUGACGACUGGAAGGCCGCCUUGCGCCAAAGAGUGCUGCGGCUCAAGGAAUACGCACCCUCCGAGCUUUCGAUGAUCGCGUGGGCAUUGGCCACGCGUGGGGACUAUGAUCCCGACCUGUUGGCGUACAUCGCCCGUCGCUCCAUGGAGCUCAUGAGGAGCUUCACCGGGCAGAACCUGGCGACCAUCAUUUGGGCCAUUGCCACCAUCAGCUACAAGGAUGACCCUUCCAUCGAUGAGUUCUUGCGGAUGGCAUUGGGAGCCAUUAUCGCUCGUGCCGGGGAGUUUCAGCCGCUGAACAUCGCGCUGAUCUCCUGGGGCCUAGCGAAGCUUUCGUUCAAAGCGGAAGCCGCCUUCGAGGCGAUGUGUGAUGCAGCGGUGCAGCAGAUUGACUAUUUUGCGCCGCAGAACUUAGUACAGUUGCUUUGGGCCUGUGGCACGGCAGGCUACAAGCAUGAGAGCUUCUUGAGGGCAGCGGCCCGUGUGGCCAAGCGUACCAUCGAGCAGUUCUCCUCACAACAUCAGUCCAACUUCUUAUGGGCCUGUGCUAGGCUCAAUUUCAAAGAGGAUGUGGAGCUGCUGCGUGUCGUGGCCACGGCCGCGCAAAGGAAAAUGCACGAGGGCAGCCCACAACACUUGUCGAACAUUGCUUGGGCUGCAAGUCAGCUGGGACCACAACACUUUCAGGAGUGUUUGGUGGCGGUUUUGAACGAGACCUCGCGGCGGAUCAAAGAAUUCGACCCUCCUUCAAUCAUGAUGCUGAGCGACUCCUUGUACGAAGCCAACUUCGGCGGUGGAGAGAUCAUGCAGGUGCUGCGAGGGCAGGUCCAGCGUAUGGGGAACGAACUGUAUGAGAUUUUCACCACUGGGCUGCCACGUGGCACACGCGGCCUCUGUGGGCACCAGGAGCUCACGGAGUAUCAACGGCGCCUGAGAAAUCUAGGGCUCACCACGUUCGGCUAUGAGCACACCACCUCGCUCUUCCAGCAGCUGCAGCUCUGUGAGGGUCAACCCUGGCAGGUGGCUGAAGCCAUGGCCAUGCCAGGUUGGACGACCAAUGCGCGGCGCACCACAGUGGCGAGGAGGUACUCUUUGCGCCUGGGGUCCCGCAGUUUGGAGGACCCUGGAACCAUUUUCACCAGUGCGUUCGCAUCUGCACAAGAGGAUGCCCAAGCUGACUUCAUAGUCGUUUGGCUUGGCCAGGGCAAGGCCGACUCCCCUAGCAUCGGCCGGGCAGGCCGCAGCGGCGACGCCGAGUGUCGCGCGAUCCUGGCCACGCACGAGAUGUUGAAGAAGGUCAAGGAAGAGGAAGGCUUUUCAGACGUGAGUGGCACCUUGGCCUUCCACACCUCGGGCGUGCCCUGCUUGUCGUGCGUGGGCGUGGCGACGCAAUUCAAGCGCCACUACCCGAAGGUGAGCUUUUGCUUCACCUUCAUGAACCGCCCACUUUCGGAGCGAGAAGAGAGCAUGACCGAGGCUUCCGCUGUGGUCCCCAACGUGGCCCUCGCGCCCAAGACGCCCCGGAGGACUGAUACAUCUAGACCGCCUCCCAGCAAUGGAGGUGGUGUGUCAGAGAACUACCAUCCAGGAUACAGGACUGAUGUACCAAGACCGCCCGCGAGCAACGAAGGUGGUAUGACCGAGAACUACCAUGCGGGAUACAGGACUGAUGCAUUUCGACCGCCACCCAGCAACGGAGGUGGUGGCGCCGUGUCGAGCCCCCUUGCAGGAUCCAGGUCUUUCACCUGCAACCUCCAUGCCCAUGCUGGUUGUCUCGCGGCUGAUGCACCUAGACCGCCGCCCAGCAACGGAGGUGGUGCGUGGGACAACUACCGCCCAGUGUUCAGGUGACGCCGUGCGAAAAAAAAAGGGACGCGGCGAGGGUUGCGGGAGCAGAGCCUUGUUGAGGUCCAAGGCGAAGACGGGUCUUCUUGCGAUGCUUCUCCUGUUUCCGCCAACCAUGUUGCUUUUGAUCCCAGCCUUCCGGGGGAAUAUAUAUAUAGUAUAUUUUUCCCAGCUCGCCAAAGGCUGAUAUGGGUAUCAUGAGUAUUUGUCAUCACUGCCUCCAAGGACUUUGGCGUCAUGGACAGUGUGACGCAGUGAUGCACCAUGUUUUGCUCGAAGUACAUCCAAAAUGAAGGUAGC